ACGUAACGUUUCGUGGGGGAAGCGUGGGGUUUUCAACCCAUUGGUUGGUUCAGUGAAAAUAGUUCGACGUGUGCGAGUUUAGAAGUUGGUGUUUGCGUGUCCUGAACCUUAUUUUUUAGUAUCACACGUGUGACUUCAUUUUCCAGUGAUUAAUUUACGUGUAAAUCUGAAAGGAAGUCGUCCGGAUCUGGAUUUCAGUCAAGUUAUGAAAGAUAAGAACGCAAACGAUGUCAAACUUCUGCAACCCCGAGCCGCCCACCGGUCCGUCAAACCCUCCGACGGCGCCUCCACCACCACCACCCCCGGCCCAAUGCUCCACGUACACAUUUCCUGAAGUCCGUUCCCCUGAAAGCCGUGGCCACCUCCGUAGCAUCAGCCAUGGAGGUAGUACUUCUCUUGGUGGUAGCAGUUCAGCGGGUGUCGUUGGCCGGCCGUCGGCCCUCAAAGGGGGCCGCGGACACCAACGUGCUUUCUCACAAGGCCAAAUCGGGGCUGAAGCCGUUCGGCCCGGCCAUAGCCGAGUUGGUUCCAAAACUGACUUCAUACUACCUCCUGGACAUAAAGACAGCGAAAAUGUCGUCGGGGGUAGUGUCUCGAAGGUCUCCGCCAAGGGGCACAGUCGGCAGGCGUCGCGAUCGGAGAGUAUUUAUACCUUGCGGCGGUCGGCGCCGCCCCCGUGGUGGCGGCGGUUGCUGUGUGUACUGCUGAGGCGGUCACCCAAGUCCGAGCCGGAGGAAAGGUAUAGGAUAGUGGUGCCGAACCACCUAGUGCCCCCCAAGACGCCGCGGAAGGAGCACCCGAACGGCAAGAGGCCGAAUAAUAAAAUCAGGACUACAAAAUAUACGCUUUUGUCGUUUUUGCCGCGAAAUUUGCUCGAACAGUUUCAUCGCGUCGCGAAUUUGUAUUUUAUUUUUAUCGUGUUGCUCAAUUGGUUUCCGGCGAUAAAUGCGUUCGGGAAGGAGAUCGCGAUGAUUCCGGUUAUGUUCGUGUUAGGUGUGACGGCUGUGAAGGAUUUAUUCGAAGAUCGCAGAAGGCAUGCGAGUGAUAAGAGGAUAAAUAACUCGACAUGUAGGAUAUAUCAGAGUGAGGCCGCCAGAUAUAAAAAAGUUCUCUGGAAGGAAGUCAGAGUUGGCGAUUUGAUCCAUCUCUCGAACAACGAAGUCGUCCCAGCUGAUAUUCUUCUGCUGCGAUCUAGUGACCCGAGCGGCUUGUGUUACAUUGACACGGGCCAUCUUGACGGUGAAACGAAUUUGAAGCAACGUCAAGUCGCCCGCGGAUUCGUUUCAAAACAAGAUGUGUUCGAACCUAGCAAAUUUCGCAGCAAAGUGGAAGUGGAAGCGCCCACAACUAAAAUCUAUCGUUUUCAUGGGGCUAUCGUCCACCCGUCGGGUGAGAGAGUGCCCGUGGGCACUGACAAUAUACUACUCAGGGAGUGCCUUCUCAAAAAUACCGAUUUUGUGGAAGGAAUCGUCGUUUAUGCGGGUCACGAGACCAAAGCAAUGCUCAAUAACGGAGGACCAAGAUAUAAAAGAUCUUCCUUGGAACGACAAAUGAAUCAGGACGUGCUCUGGUGCGUCUUGAUUCUGAUCGUUCUGUGUCUGAUCGGUGCCAUAGGGUGUAAGCUUUGGUUGAACAUUUUUAAUAGGUUGGAGUCUCCGUUCAAGGCCGAGCACUCCGAAGGGACGGAGGCGUUUUUAGCAUUUUGGACCUAUAUCAUCAUUUUACAGAUAAUGAUCCCUUUAUCGCUGUACGUAACCCUCGAAAUGUGCAAAAUCAUCCAAGUGUACCACAUCCACCACAACGUGGACCUCUACGACUCCAUCAUGGACAAGCGCACCGAAUGCCGCGCCCUCAACAUCACCGAAGAGCUCGGCCAAAUCCAGUACAUCUUCUCGGACAAAACGGGCACUUUGACCGAAAACCGGAUGAUUUUCCGUCGUUGCGCCAUCGCCGGCGUCGACUACAACCACCCGAAAAUGGAAGACGAGGGCAAGAACGGUAAACUCACCUCCCUCAGCGUGGUGGCAAACCCGCGCCUCCUCAGCGACCUCAACCAAGUCGGCGCCGUCACCGAACAAAUCUACACCACACGCCAAACCCACGCCGCCAAAAUCCAGGAAUUUUUACUUUUACUAGCCGUUUGUAACACAGUCGUGUGCUCGAGACACCCCCAUUACGACAUGAUGAACGCGUCGGGUUUGAUCGAGGCGGUGCCGAGCUCGUUCAGCCAAUCGGAUAAGUACACGCGGCUGGAGGAGUCUCGUUCGGUGACGCCCUCCCCACCUUUGAAUUAUCUCGAGGGGCGGACGACCGAACUGUCGUGUUCGUCGUCCGAUGUUGAGGUGAAGAAACCCAAACUUUUGAGUUUGCCGCUUUUGGGGCGCAAACAAGGGAGUAACACGAAUUUAACUGACGAACAGAAGGCCAAGCUGAGGUCGUCGACGCCGAGUCCGCACGAUUUGAAGCCGAUUUUUGAAGCCGAAAGUCCGGACGAGUUGGCGUUGGUCGACGCCGCCUUUAAUUACAACUGCAAGUUGUUGAAACGGACACCGACGUCGGUCUGUGUCGAGUUUUUCGAUGAGGGCCGAGUGACUUACGAGAUUUUGGACGUUUUACCGUUUGAUUCAAUCCGGAAACGGAUGUCUGUCAUCGUCAAACAUCCCGUUUCUGGGGAAAUUAUUUUAUUUUGUAAGGGGGCCGAUAGUAGCAUUUUUCCCUAUUUGGCCCCAGUUGAGGACGAUUCCGAACAAAAAAUUCUAAUCAACAAGACGCAAAACCACGUCAAUAAUUAUUCGAAGGAUGGGCUUAGGAUUUUACUAAUGGCCAAGCGGGUGUUGUCGCUCCAAGAAUAUACAGAGUGGAGUAAAAAACAAAGGGAGUUGAACAUGUCACUUGAUAAUUUCGAGCGUAAGGUUCAGGAGAGUUAUUCACGAAUUGAGUGCAAUUUAACUUUGUUGGGGGCUACGGGGAUUGAGGACCGGCUCCAGGAGGGGGUCCCUGAGACUCUUUCGGCCCUCAUGUCGGCAGGGAUUGUCGUUUGGGUUCUGACCGGAGAUAAGCCAGAAACCGCCAUAAACAUAGCCUACUCUAGUAAAUUAUUCUCGCCACAAAUGGAGUUGUUAAAACUCAUGACACGGUCAAAGGAAACGGCCGAAAGCACGAUCAUGUUCUACUUAUCAGAGAUUGAAAACGCAGCCUCUAGUAUCCAAACGGUGUUGCCGACCACCAGCCGCCGUGAUUUGAACCGUUCGGGGCCGAAAAACCGAAGUAAGGCACUGGUGAUUGACGGAAAAACCCUGACUUUUAUCCUUGACCGGCGCUCAAACCUAACUAAACCGUUUCUGAAACUGACCGCUCACUGUAGUUCGGUUUUGUGUUGUCGGGCGACUCCGCUCCAGAAAGCUUAUAUAGUUAAAGUGGUUAAGGAAGAGUUGAAAAUGCGGACUUUGGCGAUCGGGGACGGGGCUAAUGACGUGUCGAUGAUCCAGACGGCCGAUGUCGGGAUCGGGAUUUCGGGCCAGGAAGGGAUGCAGGCCGUCAUGGCGGCCGACUUUGCCUUAUCCCGGUUCAAGUUUCUGGAGCGGUUGUUGCUCGUCCACGGACAUUGGAGUUACGAUCGGUUGUCGCGCAUGGUUUUGUAUUUUUUCUACAAGAAUGCGGCGUUCGUGUUUUUGUGUUUUUGGUAUCAGUUGUUUUGCGGGUUUUCCGGCUCGGUUAUGAUCGAUCAGAUGUAUCUCAUGUUGUAUAAUUUGUUGUUUACGUCGUUGCCGCCGCUUGCGAUUGGAGUGUACGAUCAGGACGCUCCUGAGGAACUCUUGAGGGAUAGGCCGUACCUGUAUAGACAGGGCCGGUUGGGGAAAGUCUACAAGAGUUAUUCGUUUUGGUUGACGAUGGCCGAUGCCAUUUACCAAAGUCUUUGUAUUUUUUUCAUCUGUCAGGGGGCUUAUGCUGACUCUGAUAUCGAUAUGUUUGAGUUUGGGACCACGGCGACGACGGCGUGCAUGUUUGUCAUGUUGUUGCACGUCUCCAUUGAGAUACGGUCUUGGACCAUAAUCCACGUGGGUUCGAUCGUGAUUUCGAUUGGGGCGUUUUACGUCUAUUCGUUCCUGUACAAUUCCCUGUGCGUCAAUUGUUUCGGCUUGCCUAGCACGUAUUGGAUAAUCCAGAAGGCGACGAGUCGGCCCACUUACUGGCUGGUGACUUUGCUGUCGUGCGUUGUCGCUUUGUUGCCGAGGUAUGUGUUCCGGGUGUUGAAGACGCUGCUGGCGCCUGAUGACGUGACGAGGGCCGUGAUGGCAUAUCGCAGGGCUAGUAGAAGAGGUGAGGGCUUUCUCGUAUCUUGGUCAAGGUCUACGUCUACAUCUUCCAUAUACAGGUAUUGUAAGGGGGUGGUGGUUGCUCGCUUUUAGUGCACUGUAGUGUCCUCUCUAUGUAGUCUAAAGAACCACAGAUUCGAGGCCUAAGAAUAACCCUUUGACAGCUGUGGGUUAGACCAGCGUGGCCUUAGGGAAAUAAUCAAAGUGCUAGUAGUUGAAAUAAAACUUGUAUUUUACAGGCUGUGAUGUGUAUAAAUAAGGGACCAAUUAAGUUAUUCCAAAACUGUUAUGUUCGCGCGCGAUUUUUUAAAGUGUAAGUGGAGCAAUUGAUUGUGCCAUUUUUUAACCAAGUUGUGUACUUAUAUUUUAAGCCGAUUACAAACUGCAGUUACCAAUUCGUUCUUUUAUGUUCCUGUUUGAUUAGAUUUCACUUGCCAGAUGAGUUAUAUGCACAAUUUUUCUAAUCUAAUUUAUUUUUGAUGCGAUUUUUUAAAUAUCCAUGACUGUGACUACUCUAUUUUUUAAUAUUUCUAAGGUGCUAAGUGAUGGCAAUGAAACGAAAUCAAACUUUCUUUCUGUUGCAUCAUAUUAUCAUAGACGAAAACAUUUUUAAACACACUUUUUGUACGGUUUUCACCAUUGCCUUAUAAACGUUUUUCUAUAGACUGUGUGAUGUAACAUGAUGUUGAUUUUUUAGAGUAUAAAACAGAAUGUUAUCAGAUAGUUUAUUUUAGAUGCGAUUUAAUGAAUGAAUAUUUUUAUGUACGAAUAAAACGCUAUCAGUAUUAAA